CGGGGGUGUGGCGCGGCGCCGGCGGGGGUGGGCGGGCGCGCCGGGCGGCAGGUGUCGGCAGCGUAGGCAUUCGGCGGCGAUGGAGCGGUCCCGGGGAGCUGGUGGCGACCUCUCGCGCUGGCCCCACGGCCUCAGCCUCCUCCUCCUCCUCCAGCUGCUGCCGCCGGCGACCCUCGGCCAGGACCGGCUGGACGCGCCGCCACCGCCUGCUGCGCCGCUGUCGCGCUGGUCCGGCCCCGUCGGGGUGAGCUGGGGGCUGCGCGCGGCCGCGCCCGGGGGCCCGGCUCCCCGCGGCGGCCGUUGGCGCCGCAGCGCGCUCGACGAGGAUGAGGACUGCGGCGGAGUCCGGGACUUCGUCGGCAGGCUGGCCAACAACACGCACCAGCAUGUGUUUGAUGAUCUCAGUGGCUCAGUAUCCUUGUCCUGGGUUGGAGAUACCACUGGGAUCAUUCUCGUCUUGACUACCUUCCAUGUACCACUGGUAAUUAUGACUUUCGGACAGUCCAAGCUAUAUCGAAGUGAGGACUAUGGAAAGAACUUUAAGGAUAUUACAAAUCUCAUCAAUAACACCUUCAUUCGGACUGAAUUUGGCAUGGCUAUUGGUCCUGAGAACUCUGGGAAGGUGAUUUUAACAGCAGAGGUGUCGGGAGGAAGUCAUGGAGGAAGAAUCUUCAGAUCAUCAGAUUUUGCAAAGAACUUUGUUCAGACCAAUCUCCCUUUUCAUCCUCUGACUCAGAUGAUGUAUAGUCCUCAGAAUUCUGAUUAUCUUUUAGCUCUCAGCACUGAAAAUGGCCUGUGGGUGUCCAAGAAUUUUGGGGGAAAAUGGGAAGAAAUCCACAAAGCAGUAUGUUUGGCCAAAUGGGGAUCAGAAAACACCAUCUUCUUUACCACCUAUGUGAAUGGCUCCUGCAAAGCUGACCUUGGGGCACUGGAAUUACGGAGAACUUCAGACUUGGGAAAAAGCUUCAAAACCAUUGGUGUGAAAAUCUACUCAUUUGGUCUUGGGGGACGUUUCCUUUUUGCCUCUGUGAUGGCUGAUAAGGAUACAACAAGAAGGAUUCAUGUGUCAACAGAUCAAGGGGACACAUGGAGUAUGGCCCAGCUCCCCUCUGUGGGGCAGGAACAAUUCUAUUCUAUUCUAGCAGCUAAUGAUGACAUGGUGUUCAUGCAUGUAGACGAACCUGGAGAUACCGGAUUUGGCACUAUAUUUACCUCGGAUGAUCGAGGCAUUGUCUAUUCCAAGUCCUUGGACCGACAUCUCUACACAACCACAGGUGGCGAGACAGACUUUACCAACGUGACCUCCCUCCGUGGGGUCUACAUGACAAGUGUGCUCUCAGAAGAUAAUUCUAUCCAGACGAUGAUCACUUUUGACCAAGGAGGAAGGUGGAAGCACCUGAGGAAGCCUGAGAACAGUGAAUGUGAUGCUACUGCAAAAAAUAAGAACGAGUGCAGCCUUCAUAUUCACGCUUCCUACAGCAUCUCCCAGAAACUAAACGUUCCAAUGGCCCCUCUCUCAGAGCCUAAUGCUGUUGGCAUAGUCAUCGCCCACGGUAGCGUGGGGGAUGCCAUCUCAGUGAUGAUCCCAGAUGUGUACAUCUCAGAUGAUGGGGGUUACUCCUGGCUGAAGAUGCUGGAAGGACCUCACUAUUACACCAUCCUGGAUUCCGGAGGCAUCAUUGUAGCCAUCGAGCACAGCAGCCGUCCUAUCAAUGUGAUUAAGUUCUCCACAGACGAGGGUCAGUGCUGGCAAACCUACAUGUUUACCAGGGAGCCUAUCUAUUUUACUGGCCUGGCUUCAGAACCCGGAGCUAAGUCCAUGAACAUCAGCAUCUGGGGUUUCACAGAAUCUUUCCUGGCUCGCCAGUGGGUCUCCUACACCAUCGAUUUUAAAGAUAUCCUUGAAAGGAACUGUGAAGAGAAGGACUAUACCAUAUGGCUGGCUCACUCCACAGACCCUGGAGAUUAUGGAGAUGGCUGCAUUUUAGGCUAUAAAGAACAGUACCUACGGCUACGCAAGUCGUCCGUCUGUCAGAAUGGUCGGGACUAUGUUGUGACCAAGCAGCCGUCCGUCUGUCCCUGCUCCCUGGAGGACUUCCUCUGUGAUUUUGGCUACUUCCGUCCAGAAAAUGACUCCAAGUGUGUGGAACAGCCAGAACUGAAGGGCCACGACCUAGAGUUUUGUUUGUACGGGAGAGAAGAGCACCUGACGACAAAUGGGUACCGGAAAAUUCCAGGAGACAGAUGCCAGGGCGGAGUGAAUCCUGUUCGAGAAGUGAAAGACUUGAAAAAGAAGUGCACAAGCAACUUUCUGAGCCCCGAAAAGCAGGACUCCCGCCCACAGGGACACAACUUGUCCCAGAAUCCAGCUCCGCCUCCUCUUGGAUACAUUGAAAACACACACUCCCUAUCUCCCACCCAAAAGCAGAAUUCCAAGUCAAAUUCUGUUCCGAUUAUCCUGGCUACUGUGGGAUUGAUGCUGGUCACAGUCGUAGCAGGAGUGCUCAUUGUGAAGAAAUACGUCUGUGGGGGAAGGUUCCUGGUGCAUCGAUACUCUGUGCUCCAGCAACAUGCGGAGGCCAAUGGUGUGGAUGGUGUGGAUGCUUUGGACACAACCUCCCACACUCAUAAAAGUGGUUAUCAUGAUGACUCAGAUGAGGACCUCCUGGAAUAGCUCCUCGAAGGAGCUGGGACUGAGCACCGGUGACGGAACCGCAGUACCUCUCACACUCCCUGUGGCUCCGACUCGGGGAAAUAAAUUUCCCGUUGCGAGGGACCCAGCUCUGUUUCUGCUGCUUCCAUCAAAGCCAAAAGGACCUACACUAAAGAAAUGGGGGGUGGGGACCCUAAACGCUCUUACAAUUGGCCCUGAGAAGAGAGGGAAAAUUUUUAAUUCUUUAACUUUUCAUUUCAAGUUCUGUCUUUUUGCAAGGUACGGGCCCUUUUCGGUUUUGUUUUUGUUUUUUAAGGGAAAUGAAAUGGAAUUGAAGGGAACUUUUCACUAACCCCACUGUUGCAUGUUUUGCAUGGCGCCUGCCCCAGGGCACCUGCCAGCUUCAGCAUCAACUCUCACAAAGCACUUGGUGCCAUCCCUGGGCUGUGCUGGCAACACGAAGCAGCCGCAGAGAUGAGCACAGAGGCUGCGAUGACUGGCACAGCCUGGGCAGCCUUCCUCCAUCUGGGGACAGCCCCGCUCCAAGAGCAUUGCGCAGCAGCUCCUCACACAGAUCCCUGCUUUCUGUUGUUGUUGUUUUUUCAGGGACCAUAGGCCACAGUGAUUUUUCUUUUCCCUUGUUUAAUUAGGCAAUACCCUCAUUAAUUGCCCUUUGGCAACUAACUUACAUGUGCUUCCAAGACACUAAAUCAGGAAAACUUAAAGGGCAAUAUUUUUAACUUGGGGCAAGAAAAAGGGAGCAGCAGAGAAUUGACUAGAUUUAGCACCUAUUAAAGGAGAAACUCUUGCUUCUUCCGAGAUCUUUCAAGCCAUGCUUUGUGUGUGUGCCAGUGGACUUGCUUAGGGUCUGGGUUCAGGCUUGCCCGGGCUGUGUGCCCAGGCUGAGCGAGCUCUUCGCUGGAGUGGCUGGUGGCAUGGGCCGUGCAGCCCCUGAGGAUGGCAUGUCACAGUCCUCUGCGUCCCCUCCUGCCUGCUGUGCUAGCUCCUUGGUGAAUCAUUCGAAUGGCUGCUUAUCUGCUUCCUCUUAGGUUGCUGCUCUGCAUGGAGCCAUGACUAGACAUGUUUUCAGAUUCAGGCUUUUUUAAAAAAAUCAGAAUUUUAUUACCAGACCCUCCUCCUCUGCCCUUUUCCCCAGCUUUGCCAAGUAGUUUGUUGGCAUGAAACUUUUGGCUGAACCAACUGAAAAACACACUUCUAGUGUAGAUGAUGUUUCGUGUGAUACGUUAAGUUCGUAUUUUAAAUUUUUAAAAAUUUUCCUUUUGACAUUUAAAAAAAUGAAAUAAAUAAGAAAAUGUAGCAAGAUGGAUUUUGGGGUGGCCAUAUAGUGAUGGAAAGCUGCAAUCGUUAGUUUUAAUACAGCUUGACUAUUUGCUGUACAGGAAUAUAGUAGUACGUUUUCAGUCUCAGCAUACCUGCUGUGCCCGUCACAGUUUCUCCCGAUAAUUAUGAUGGGGACACUCUUUGCUAAACUGCCAUUUUGCUGCUAGUUCACUUUAUGGCUAGGAAGUCAGGAAAAAGUAAACGUGCCAAAUUAACUUUUGUCAGAAUGCAUGAGCAGAUGGCUGAGUUCUCGCCUCACCAGAAUUCACAGCCGCAGGGAAAGUGGGGGAGGGAAUGGAUGGAGAAUUCUAGAGACUUUGAAACUGCAGUAAACUUAAAUGAGUCAGGGAGCUAUAAAGGUAGGGCAGUUUUUGUAAAGAGAGUUAAUACUUGUUAGAGCCAGAGAACACUAGUCUUUUAGGAAAAGCCCAUUCCUUUUACAAGGUUUUUAAAUUAAAAGUAAUUCCAAAGAUACACCAGCUCACAAAUGAUCAAGUAUCGGCUUUUGUCCCGGUCACCCUCACCUCCUGCCCAAAAUGAAUUUGAUGUCCAGAAAAGACCUACUUACAUCAUACACCUCUUCUCCCCGCAUAUACCCCCUGGGGUAGGUGUGCCAAUAUAUGGUAAUUCUCUGAUUAGUUUUAAGAUGUAGGAAAGUUAAUAUUCUUCUCUAACCGUAUAAGAUUAGGGCUCUUUGCCUAUAAUGAUAUUUCUGUAGAACUUGGCAGUUUUCACAGCACUUUUUCUCUUGCAUUAUGUCAUUUGAACCUUACAACAUUCUCGUGAGAUUUUAAAAAAAAAAGAAAGGCGGGGGUUGUAAUCCCCAUUAGAGAUGGAGCUGAGGUACAAAAAUGGAGCAAGUCGCCAGGGUCCCUGUGUGUUAUGAGUAACGCCAGUGGUUGUCUUCAGAUCUCGUAUACAUUUUGAUGCACGCCAGUGCUGAACACCUGGAGCAGAGCUGCUUUCUUAUAGAUGACUUGCUAUUCUUUACGACGUGGAUCAGUGACAUUUCUUUCAGAGCAGUAUUUAGCUCUUUUUUGCCACCUUAGUAAAGAGAAGAGUUUAUUCUCCUGUUUUUCAUGGCUGAAAACAAAAGUAAUGGUAAUUUUGAAUAUGUGUUUAGAAACCACCCCUCACCUUGUUGAGGGUCACUGUUCAAGAGUGCAGGAAUGGAAUCUCAAUUGAUGAGUCACCCUCUUCAUUCUUCUUGUCCUCCCACCCCUGGCUGGCUAGCGAGCUCAGUUGGUUUGAGGACUGCUAACAAGCCUGGCUAGUUAGCCUUCUGUGUCAGCCUGCUCUCUCACAAGUGUAUGCCCUCAGCCAGAGAGGAAAACGGCCUAAAUCCGUGACAGCUUCUAAGAAAAGAAGAUUUCCAAUUUGUCCUAUCGAUGUUAGGAGAAUUAUCUUUGAAAGUAAAGUUGUGUAAAGUCUCAGGCUUGAUAGCAAAAGAGUAUUUCAGCAAUAGAAGUUAGCACUGUAAGGUAGGUUGGACAUAUUAGACCGUCCAAAGUGAUCUGAGCUCUAAAAUCCAGGCAGAGAACUCAUCAUCCUUCGUGCUCUGUGGACAGGUGUCUUGGACGUAAGGGGGCUCUUGGUUUUUAGUGAAACCAGAGACCAGGGAUGCAUACACCCAGGCUGUUCAUCGAAUGGGAAUGUGCCUUAGAAGAAUGAAAGUGUUUGGAGGAUUGUGGCAGUUCUAGGCUGGGCUCAAGAGAUUCAACAGAUUAGCUGUAACUAAAACUUAGAAUUUGCCGUCUGCCUCUGAAUAGGCUUUCCAGUGUGUGUCUCUCUAAUUCUUAGGUUUGCCUCUGGGCCCCUACAUGCCCAAGCUGGCCUUUCAUCCCUGACAGAUAAGUAAUGAGCUGGCCACCGCUGGCUCUGUAAACCAUUGCUGGUUCUCCCAUGGCCUUCGUCACGGUACAAGGAUAGAGAGAGGAGUGCAGAGCAGUUCACAUCCACCCCAGGUGGCAGGACUGGCCUGACUUGAGUCAUUUCUUUAUUUUCUAGGCAAAUGAUUCAGGUAGAGAGAUUCUCUCUUUCCUUUUCGGAGAGCUUUAAAGAGCCCCGCUCCUGUAUGCAAUGGCUUAGAGCUCGCCCUGCUCAUUUUUGGUACCGCCCUCUUGCCCCACAUGAAGCCCAGAUACUUGGAACUGCUAAAAUAGGAAGAGAUUCAGUUUUUCAGCUUUGCUACUACCUUCCCUCAAGCAGGAAGAUUAACAUGGACUUACAUGUCCUUUGAACAAAAACCAAAGUUUAAGAUUUGCCACAUGAUGGAGUGAUAGGGAGGGCCAGACUUUCAGCACUGGCACUCAGCAGGUGCCAGACUUUGUUCCAUCUGCCACUGAUUUGCCCAGCUCAGGCAGCUCUAGGAGUGCCGUCCUGCCCUAGCAGAGCCCAGGCCUCACCCUCAUGGAGGAUGAUUAAAAUAGCAGGAACAUGUUGAUUUCUUGGCUACUUUGCAUUAUAACAAUAAGAAUCAGAACAUUAAUUAGAAAUUGUCUUCAACAACUUAACUGUACGCAUUUUUUCACACUGGUACAUUUUUAAGCGUCCUUGUUUUUAUGGGAUAACUUAAACUAAUCUGUACCUUUCUAUAUAUAUAUAUGUGUGUGUACAUAUAUACAUGUAUAAACUGUAUAGGGUACAUGUUAAUGAUUUAUUGAUAUGUUCCAAGUCUUUAAUGCAGUUCUCAUCCUCCGCAUGCCCUCAGAUUGUGGUCGGGUGACUUAACUGUUCCUGAUGAUUCUGCCCACCUCCUGUGUUUGGACGUCUAGGGAGGAGGGGUUUGAUGGCACCCUCCUUAUCCUCGUGCACAGAAAUGCUCAGGGUCCCCAUGUGCCUGUUGUCCAGCCCUGUCUUGUCUCUUGUUCCCUAUCAGCAUGUGGUCCCUCCUUGCUCUGUAACUUCUCUGCCUCCACCCCAAGCUGUCGGUACAAAAGUGUAAAGCAGUAUUAAGAUCGUUACUGCAUGUAUGCUAAAAACCCAAGUUUUCUGUUCCCUUGGGACAGAAAAUUGCAUGUGAGGUGGGAUAAUCAAGUUUCAAUGACCAAUGUCGGUUACACAAAAAAGCCAGACCCUAGAAUAAAAUUCCACAAAAUGGAAAUAAAACUCAAAUUUCUUUAGCAUUGUGUAAAUAAAUCUGGGUGUGUUUAACUUUGUACUGGUAAUUUUCUGUAUAUUUGCAGUAUUUGGGUUAGAAAUAAAACAGACUGGACUUUGUUACCUGA